UGCAUUUAAACCAAUAAGGUUAGGACAAGAGAAUAGCUGUGGUUUGCGUUGCAAAAACAAGAAAGAAAGAAAGAGAGGAAAAAAAAAAAGCCCCGAGGCUCCACGGGCAGACCUACAAGGCUGCGCAAACAAACCGAGGGAUGCGAUUCUGCCGUUCCUUUGUCUAGGGCGCUCAGAUGCUAUCAGCUGCUGCUGUUUGGUGGGGCCGCAGCGCGGGGCUCAAGGCGGUCUCUCCACAGCACGGUGGGAGCUGAUGGCUCCGAGUCUGGGGCGAGGGAGAGACUCUCCAGUGCCACUUCCGACUCUCAGCCUUCCUGUCGCCGGCCGCUGUGGCGGUUUUCUUUCUGGGGAACGCGUUUUCGCUCAGUCGCCCGGCAGCCCGCGCCUGCAGCAGCGGCCAGGCGGCUGCGCCCGCGGCCCGGCUCGCCCCGCCACACGCGCUCCGCUCCCAGGAGCGCCGGGCUCCGCCACCAGCUCCUAAGAGCCCUCCCGCGUCCUUAUCCAGGAGCAAAACUAUGUCAGGAAUGGAGGUUUGCUAAACCAGAAAAUUCGGAGGAGCGCGUUAAACUGGUGGACGCAGCAGAUGUAAGCGCUGUGCAAACAUCUCAAACCAGUUCAGAUGUUGCUGUUUCCUCAAGUUGCAGGUCGAUGGAAAUGCAGGAUCUAACCAGCCCGCAUAGCCGUCUGAGUGCUAGUAGUGACUCCCCCAGUGGCCCCAAACUCGAUAACUCUCACCUAAGUAGUAAUUCCAUGACUCCCAAUGGCACCGAAGUUAAAACAGAGCCAAUGAGCAGCAGUGAAAUAGUUUCAACAACAUCAGACGGGUCUUUAGACAAUUUCUCAGGUUCAGCAAUCGGGAGCAGUAGCUUCAGCCCAAGACCAAGUCACCAGUUCUCCCCACCACAGAUCUACCCUUCCAACAGAGCAUACCCACAUAUUCUCCCUACCCCUUCCUCACAAACUAUGGCUGCAUAUGGGCAAACACCGUUUACCACAGGGAUGCAGCAAGCGACGGCCUACGCCACGUACCCACAGCCGGGACAGCCGUACGGGAUCUCGUCAUAUGGUGCAUUGUGGGCAGGCAUCAAGACUGAAGGCGGAUUGUCACAGUCUCAGUCACCGGGACAGACGGGAUUCCUCAGCUAUGGCACGAGCUUCGGUACCCCCCAGCCUGGACAGGCACCGUACAGCUACCAGAUGCAAGGUAGCAGUUUUACGACAUCAUCAGGAUUAUAUACAGGAAAUAAUUCACUCACAAAUUCCUCUGGAUUUAACAGUUCACAGCAGGACUACCCAUCUUACCCCAGCUUCGGCCAGGGGCAAUAUGCACAGUAUUAUAACAGCUCACCCUACCCAGCCCAUUAUAUGACGAGCAGCAACACCAGCCCGACCACGCCGUCUACAAACGCCACCUACCAGCUUCAGGAACCACCGUCUGGCGUCACCAGCCAAGCAGUUACAGAUUCCGCAGCAGAGUACAGCACCAUCCACAGCCCGUCAACACCCAUUAAAGAUUCGGACUCUGAUCGAUUGCGUCGAGGUUCAGAUGGGAAGUCACGUGGACGAGGCCGAAGAAACAAUAAUCCUUCACCUCCCCCGGAUUCUGAUCUUGAGAGAGUGUUCAUCUGGGACUUAGAUGAGACCAUCAUCGUUUUUCACUCCUUGCUUACCGGGUCCUACGCCAACAGAUACGGGAGGGAUCCACCUACUUCAGUUUCCCUUGGACUGCGCAUGGAAGAAAUGAUUUUCAACUUGGCAGACACACAUCUAUUUUUCAAUGACUUAGAAGAAUGUGACCAAGUUCAUAUAGAUGACGUCUCUUCAGAUGAUAAUGGUCAAGACCUAAGCACGUAUAACUUUGGAACAGAUGGCUUUCCAGCUGCAGCUACCAGCGCUAACUUAUGCUUAGCAACCGGCGUGCGGGGCGGCGUGGACUGGAUGAGGAAGCUGGCUUUCCGCUACAGACGAGUGAAGGAGAUCUACAAUACCUACAAAAACAAUGUCGGAGGCCUGCUCGGUCCGGCCAAGAGGGAAGCCUGGCUGCAGCUGAGGGCCGAGAUCGAAGCCCUGACGGACUCCUGGCUGACGCUGGCCCUGAAGGCGCUCACGCUCAUCCACUCGCGGACAAACUGUGUGAAUAUUUUAGUAACAACUACUCAGCUCAUCCCGGCAUUGGCGAAAGUCCUGCUCUAUGGACUAGGAAUCGUAUUUCCCAUAGAAAACAUUUACAGUGCAACUAAAAUAGGAAAGGAGAGCUGUUUUGAGAGGAUAAUUCAAAGGUUCGGAAGGAAAGUGGUGUAUGUGGUCAUAGGCGACGGCGUGGAGGAGGAGCAAGCAGCCAAAAAGCACGCCAUGCCCUUCUGGAGGAUCUCCAGCCACUCGGACCUCAUGGCCCUACAUCACGCCUUGGAACUGGAGUACCUGUGACCGCCACGUAGCACUUUCGAGCGCACAGCUGCUGGGUGACCAGGAACAAAUCCAGCAGGCCUGAGCUCGUGUCGGCGCCGCACUAGCGAACUCACCGGUCUCGACAUCUUGACGCGCAGCUGCCGUCGGCCUCCACCUCUGCCGUCGCGGUAAACGAAGGACCACGUCUCUUCCUUCAGAACAGCUGUUGACUCUAGUACUGUGAAUCCAAUGAAAAUAAGCCAUGAGAAUGUUCUAGCACAGCAUGUGUCUUUGCCACGUUAACUACAUGGUUCAAACCUGUGAAGAAGGACCUGCAAACGCCCAGAUUGUUAGCAUCGUCAAUGUGACGUCAGCGGCUUCUCCAAUACAGCAGACCCGAUUGCACAACAGAGACUGAAGUGUGUUCCCUGAAAACCAGUGGGGGAAUUCUCCUGGAAAGAAGGUUUACUUUUCGGUGUCUCAUACCCAGGGUAAUCUGUACAUCUGUACUUAUUUAUGAAGACUUUUUUUUUUUUUUAAGAAAAAAAAAAAAAACAGCUUUAUUGAGGUAUAAUCCAAGUACCAUCUAAUUCAAACAGACUUUUUUUUUGGCAUCAAAUAACUGAAGAGACAAUAGCGUUAAGAAAUAAGCGAUUAAAGGCCUUUGCCUCGUGACACAGCAAGUACUUUGAAUUUUAGCACAUUGCAAAGUAGUUUAUGACUAAUUUAAACGUAUAAUAUGUACAUCACUGAGACAAUCAUGUACAGAAAGAAUUUUUGGUGUAAAUUUGUAAUAAUGGAUGAUUCUUUUACAUAUUGUUUAGAAAAUGAUAUCGAAAGGUAGCAAUGCCUUGAUAGCGAAGUAUGAGGCAUUCUGUGCACAAACUCAGGUGCAGUGCCUUAUCAAAGUAUACUGGGUAUAAAUAUGUAGAUAACGGGGGUUUGUUUGUUUUUUUUAGAUAAUAAUGUUGUCAAGACCAAAAGCAUGGAUGUCAAGUGUUAAUAGGAUUUUGUUUUCCAAAAUUUUUACAUCAGUUCUUUUUUUUAUGCUGUUAGAAAGGCCUCGGGGAAAUAAUACAGCAGUGUCUUAAAUCAUGUGAAAUGAAAGUUCUCUUACAUCCUCACUUUUUCAUUUUCAACAUUAAUGUAUUAUAUGUAACUACUUGGGAAAAAAAAUGAUUAUUCAAAUGCUUCUUCCCACAAAGAAGGCAGAUGAUAUAUUUUAUUAAUAAAAUGGUUCAUGAAUUGGAGACUAGCAAAGCUUUCAUGUGCUCAGAUUAUAGUGUCCGCAUUUUCUUGUUUAAAUAGAGGACAUCGCCACAUAUCUGGGAUCAGCGAAACUUUGCAUGACUCCCCACAUUCACGUCUGUUUUCCUGCACACUCUCCCCCCACCCUCCCAGGGAAGUUCAUUGCCGGCAGUGGACAUGGCUCAGUCAUCAUCACCAAGGAAAUAACUUUACUCUCCACCUAUGUCAUGUAUUACAUGACAAGCAUAAAUAUGGGAAAUAAACAGUUUCUCAGAGAGUCGUCAGUUUGGGUACUCAUUUAUCCAUAAAGACUUCCACUGUCGUGAAAUUACUUUUUGGAUGAAUUCUCUUUAAUAUUGAGGAGAAAAACACCAGCUUUGAUCCAAAGUAGCUAAAGAGCUACUCUAUUCCUUUUCUGAAGUUUCAUGUUGCUGCUAGAAUUAGUUGUGAAUUCUCCAAAUUGUUUAACAAUUUUUUUUUUUUUUUUUUGCUUGAAGCAAACAGAAGUUGAUGAUUUUUUAGCCUUUUCCAUUUUACGUUUUUGUACUCUGCAGAUUGAAAAGUUUAUCUUGGCCUUACUGUAUAAAGGUGUGUUGUGUCCACAAUUGUGUACAGAAUUUUUCUUCAUUA